AUGACCUACCCGGUCAAAGCAUCCUUCCCGGAUGAUGAACUUUUAGCACAAAAGCUCCUCCUCAAAGGCUGCGAGCCGCUCCCCCGCCGCUGCUGCCGCCCACCAUCACCGCCAAACUACACCGAACCCUACCCAAUUCCCAAAAGCUUCUGGUCAACACCACCCAAUUCAUCAGUCAUUUGGACAACAUAAACAUGCAAGAACUACUGAUGCCUUAUAAAUCGGUCGCACAACCAAAAACAUUUCGAAGACUGCAAAGAUUGUUUUGACCUUGAGGGUAGAGAGAAAACAAGGUGGGUGAUCAAGGGUAAAACCAAAACCGAUUUUGCGAUAGAAGGAGUGUUAGUGAUGAAGAGACACGGAAUGAUUCGAAUCGGGCUUGAUAUCGGAGGUGGUGUGGGGACCUUUGCAGUUAGAAUGAUGGAAAGGAAUAUAACGAUAAUAACAACUUCAAUGAAUUUAAAUGGUCCUUUUAAUAGUUUUAUAGCAUCAAGAGGUGUUGUGCCUAUGUAUAUAAGUGUUUCAGAGAGGCUUCCGUUUUUUGAUAGCACCUUGGAUAUAGUUCACUCGAUGCAUGUAUUGAGUAAUUUGAUUCCAACUACUUUGCUACAUUUUUUGUUUUUUGAUAUUUAUUGGGUUUUAAGGCCUGGUGGGGUGUUUUGGCUUGAUCAUUUCUUUUGUGUAGGGGAGGAACUUGAAGGGGUUUAUGUGCCACUUUUGGAAAGUGUAGGGUUUAAUAAAGUGAAGUGGGUGGUUGGGAAGAAGAUGGAUAGAGGGCUUGAGUUAAAUCAGAGGUAUCUUUCGGCUUUGCUAGAAAAGUCAUUAUUUUAACUCUUGUAGUUGCUUUUUUGUUUUAUAAUUUGUGUUGUGAAAUAUAAGGGUUAAUUGUUGUUAUGUGGAAGUAUAUGGAAUAUAAUCGUUUUUUUUUUUUAUUUUGGAAAGUGUAAGGAGAAGAUCAUUGUUUUCUAGUAAACCACAAGGGUUGUACUAGACUUGAUAGAAACUAGGAGG